UUCUGUGCGUAAUUUGAUACAUAGUCAGAUGGUAAUUAUGCGCUUUAAUUUUGAAUAGCUGCAUUUUAAAAACGUAAAUGUUUGAUAGUUCAGAAGGUUUUAACGAAGGUUAUUUUACAGUGCGCUCGUCUGACGUCAUGCGCGCGCUCGCUGCUCGGUCCGCGGUUCCACUCCACGUUUCCCUGCGCGCUCUCUGCCUGCUCUUGUUUACUGGCGCACAGACACGAAAGGGGAUCCUUGCUGAGAGGUUAUGUGUCAAAUCACUAACGUUAGCUCUAACCAGCGUGGGGAAAAUCCUACUUUCUCCUUUGGAUAUUACUUUCCCCGUCCUUCGCCGCGAUCCACGAGGAACUGAAUGUUAAACACGCGCUGGCUCCUUUUCACAUUCAUCACGCAACCGCUCGUCGGCAACGCGACGCAGAAGAACUGCGUGUCUGUGGAGCACCUGAGCUGGAAAUCUCGCUGAAAUCUCAGCGGCUGCAGUGUUCUCUUUAGCAGACGCUCACCAGAUGCCCACAUACGGUAAAGGAGAAGCCCGGUGACCCGUAAACGUAUAACGGCGAGUGCUCGCUGUCAGCAGGGACCUGGAAAGAGUCAAAUAAGCCUAUUACGACUUCCGGAACUACUACAAAAUUAAAACAAACAUUUUGGCAACGCGCACGUCUGCGAACAGCGUUUAAUCUGCGUAACAGAAAAGAGGAUCAAAAUUGGAAAAAGUUAGCGCGCCUUGUGCAAGCGCUCAUUUUUGCAUGCGCGCGGCCGUUUUCCUUUUUUUCAAGGCUCAAAGCAAUCUGCGCAAGUGCUCGCCAUAUAUGCAGUCGAUCGGAAAUGAAGAUCCAACUGCUCGUUGUACACGAUGCCAUGCGCACAUAUCGUUGCUCGUGUAGACUGUUUCACGUUGAAUUAAAGUGGUGACGAAAGCUGACUUCAGCUCGGUGCGCGUGCAUAACAUCAGCAGCGUUCUGUGCGCGCGACCGCAGAGCAGCAGCUCGAGCGGAUUGAACACGUUGGACUUUCUUCUCCGCCCAUUUGUCUGAGAGGAGUGACAGAAGCCUUUUUUCCUCUUUUCUUUUUUAAUUCUAUCUUCCAAAACAACGCUGGUGUAUUAAAACCGAGAGUUACCUCAACGGAGAGAUAUUUGGAGGGGACUUUGGACGGAUUUUUGGCUUCGCCCGAGGUCAAAAUGCGGCUGCGGACUUUGAUUGUUUUGGUCGCGUCUGUCUACACCGUUUGCAAUUGUCAACAAACAAAUGGAGAAAUUUGCUCGAGUAAGAACAUCAAAAAUAACGUGACCAACCUGCGGGUGCUGGAGAACUGCACGGUGAUCGAAGGCCACCUGAAGAUCCUGCUCAUGUUCACCACUAAACCCGAAGAUUUCCGCGGCCUGUCCUUCCCCAAACUGACGGUGGUGACGGACUACCUGCUCCUGUUCCGCGUCUACGGGCUGGAGAGCCUCAGCGACCUGUUUCCUAAUCUCACGGUAAUCCGGGGCACCAACCUCUUUUUCAACUACGCCCUGGUGCUGUUCGAGAUGCUCCAGCUCAAGGAGAUCGGCCUUCACAGCCUGAUGAACAUCACACGAGGAGCCGUGCGUGUGGAGAAGAACCCCGACCUCUGCUACCUCGCCACCCUCGACUGGUCCAAGAUCCUCGACUCCAUGGAGGAUAACUACAUCGUGGCCAAUAAAAAUGACCGGGAGUGUGGCGACAUCUGCCCCGGCACAGCUCAGGGCAAAACUACCUGCCCCCUCACCACCAUCAAUGGGGAUUUUGGCGAGCGUUGCUGGAACCAGAGGCACUGCCAGAGAAUGUGUCCGUCGUCAUGCAAGCACCGCGCCUGCACCAGAGACAACCAGUGCUGUCACGAACAGUGUUUGGGUGGCUGCUUGGAGCCCAACAACACCAGCAAAUGCGUGGCAUGCCGCAACUACAUGCACAACAAUACCUGCGUGGACAGAUGCCCACCUGGAUACUACACCUUCAAGGGCUGGCGCUGCGUCAACUUCAGCUUCUGCCAGGAGCUCCACAACAAGUGCAAGCAGAGCAAAAGUGACUGCCACGAGUACGUCAUCCACAACGGCGCCUGCAUCCCAGAGUGCCCUUCAGGAUACACCACAGUAAACUCCACUACGUUGAACUGCACGCCCUGCGCUGGCCUCUGUCCUAAAGUGUGUAUGGGGCAGAAGACGGUGGACUCGGUCACAGCCGCUCAGGCUCUGAGAGGAUGCACCGUUCUCAAUGGCAGUUUGAUCAUCAACAUCCGCGGAGGGAAUAACAUAGCUGCAGAACUAGAAGCUAAUCUGGGUCAACUGGAGGAGAUCACGGGUUACCUGACAGUGCGACGUUCCUACGCCCUCGUCUCUCUCUCUUUCCUCCGAAAGCUCAGAGUCAUCCGCGGAGAGGCACAGGAAUUUGGGAAGUAUUCCUUCUAUGCCUUUGAUAACCAGAACCUGCGUCAGCUGUGGGACUGGUCCAAACACAACCUGACCAUCCUACAGGGCCGCAUAUUCUUCCAUCACAACUCCAAACUCUGCAUGUCGGAGAUCCAGACAAUGGAGGUGGUGACGGGCACCAAGGACCGGCAGAUAAAGAACGACAUCGCUUCCAAGACCAAUGGAGAUCAGGCGUCAUGUGAGAGCCAGGUUUUGAAGUUCACUCAGAUUCGCACGCUUUCGGACAAGAUCAUCAUUAAAUGGGAACCGUUUUGGCCGCCGGAUUUUCGAGACCUUCUGGGGUUCAUGGUUUUGUACAAGGAGGCGCCCUACAAGAACGUGACUGAGUUUGACGGUCAGGACGCGUGCGGCUCUAACAGCUGGGUCAUAGCAGACGUGGAUCCUCCACCUCGCGCCACGGACGGAAAGGAGCAGCAGGAGCCCGGACACCUCAUCCUGCCUCUGAAGCCGUGGACGCAGUACGCCAUCAUGGUGAAGACCCAGCUCUCUGCUUCUGAUGAACACCAGGUCCAUGGAGCAAAGAGCGAGAUCAUCUACGUCCGCACUAAUGCUACCAAACCUUCUGUGCCCCUGGACCCCAUAUCUUCAUCCAACUCCUCAUCUCAGAUCAUUCUCAAGUGGAAGACCCCCAACGAUCCGAACGGAAACAUCACGCACUACCUGGUCUUCUGUCAGCAGCAACCGGAAGCCAGCGAGCUCUAUAAGUUUGACUACUGUCAGAAAGGUAUGAAGCUGCCCACCAGAGCCCCCACUCAAGUGGACAACGAAGAAGAGCACAAGUGGAACCAGACGGAAGAGCAGGGCCAGGCCAAGCUGUGCUGCACGUGCCCCAAAACAGAGAAACAGCUGAAGAAAGAGGCGGAGGAGUCCGAAUACCGCAAAACCUUUGAGAACUACCUUCAUAAUGAAGUGUUUGAACUCCGGCCGUCAAGACAACGCAGAUCUCUGGUGGGCGUGGCCAAUAGGACUUUCUCUCAUCUGUACACCACGCCCUCUUCGCUGCCCAAUGGCACUGCCACUCGUAGCCCGGAGGAGGAAGCAGAGGCGAGUAAGAUUUCGUUCAAGGUUUACGGCAAGGAAUCCACGGUCAUCUCCAGCCUGCGCCAUUUCACCAGCUAUCAGAUAGAAAUCCACGCUUGCAACCACCCGACCGACCCCAUUCGCUGCAGCAUGGCGGCCUACGUGAGCGCCCGCACCAUGCCUGAAGAAAAGGCAGAUGAUAUUUCGGGGAAGAUUACUUACGAGCUGUCAGAAUACACAGUGCACAUCAGAUGGGCGGAGCCUAAGGACCCCAACGGCAUGAUUAUCCUCUACGAAGUCCUUUACAAGAGACUGGGAGAUACGGAGGAGCUGCACCAUUGCGUGUCCAGAAAGAACUACAUUGCAGAUGGAGGAUGCAAGCUGAGGGUGGUGCACCCUGGGAACUAUACGGUGCGUAUCAGGGCCACAUCCCUGGCGGGGAACGGAUCGUGGACGGAGCCAACACACUUCUAUGUGCAGGACCUACGUGUGGACCCAUCCAACAUGCUGAAAAUUGUGAUCGGUCCGGUCAUCUGUGCACUUCUGCUGCUGCUGAUGGGAGGCGUGGGCUUCUUCAUGUUCAAAAAGAAGCAAACAGAGGGACCAACGGGACGCCUUUACACCUCUCCUAAUCCCGAGUACUUCAGCCCAGACGAUGUAUACGAGCCCGAUGAAUGGGAGGUGCCGCGUGAAAAGGUCAAUCUGCUGCGUGAGCUGGGCCAAGGAUCUUUCGGCAUGGUGUACGAGGGCAUCGGAAAGGACAUAAUCAAAGGCGAAGCGCAGACCCGCGUGGCGGUGAAGACCGUUAAUGAGUCGGCCAGCCUCAGGGAGAGAAUCGAGUUCCUGAACGAAGCUUCUGUGAUGAAGGCUUUCAGCUGCCAUCAUGUGGUGCGGCUGCUGGGUGUGGUUUCUAAAGGCCAGCCCACACUGGUGGUGAUGGAGCUGAUGACACAUGGAGAUUUAAAGAGUUUCCUGCGUUCUCUCAGACCUGACUCGGAGAAUAAUCCAGGCCGGCCUCCUCCGACGCUGAAGGAGAUGAUUCAGAUGGCAGCCGAGAUAGCAGAUGGCAUGGCUUACCUGAACGCUAAGAAGUUUGUGCACAGAGAUCUCGCUGCCAGGAACUGCAUGGUGGCUGAAGACCUGACUGUGAAAAUUGGAGACUUCGGCAUGACAAGAGACAUCUACGAGACCGAUUACUACAGGAAGGGUGGGAAGGGCCUGCUUCCUGUCAGAUGGAUGGCCCCCGAGUCCUUGAAAGACGGGGUCUUCACAGCUCACUCGGACUGCUGGUCAUUUGGCGUGGUGCUGUGGGAGGUCAGUACUCUGGCUGAGCAGCCCUACCAGGGACUGUCCAACGAACAGGUCCUGAAGUUCGUGAUGGAUGGAGGAUACCUCGACAGACCAGACAACUGCGCAGACAGAGUACAUAAUCUGAUGCAGAUGUGCUGGCAUUACAAUCCCAAAAUGAGGCCCACCUUCCAGGAAAUCAUCGAGAUGCUCCGCGAGGACCUGCAUCCCUCGUUUCAGGAGGUCUCCUUUUUCUACAGCGAGGAGAACAAGCCGCCUGAGACGGAAGAUUUUGACAUGGACAUGGAGAACAUGGAAAGCAUCCCACUGGACCCGUCCUCGUACUCUCAAAGGGAGAGCUGUCUAGACGGGGACGAGGGCUCGUCCGUGGGCCUACGAGGGAGUUACGAGGAGCACGUGCCAUACACGCAUAUGAACGGCAAGAAAAACGGCCGCAUCUUAUCUCUACCCCGAUCCAACCCCUCCUAAUAUAACCUCCUAACCCUGACAAGCUAGAUUAGAUGUUUUUUAUAGAUUCAUUUUUAUCAUGCUCUACAUCGCACGCCCCUCAGAAAACAAACUCAGGACUUUCGUUUUCUUCUUCGCUCCCUCCAUAUGAGGACGAUACGGGGUGCAGGCGUGGUUUUUGUAUUUCAAGAAGAAAAUACACAUCAUCUGCUUCUUUCCCGUCAUUUUUAUAUGGUCAGGUUUCAAGGACUGGUCAAAUGGAACAAACUGUGAAAUUAUCCUCAAACCAGAAGGCUGCUUUAAACACGAUCUCCUCAGACUCUCCCCACGCCCGCCAACAAAGUUCUCCGACUCGCCAAUGAACAGAAAACGUCAGAAAUUAAGAAAAAGUGACCUUACUCUGUUUGUGGCCUGCGUCAGUGCAACAUGGAGUCGUGUCCGAAUUUGGUGGCAAACAUGUUGAACUUUCCAAGAACAAACUGUCGGCGGGGAUGCCUCUGCUUUUCUACCUGCUACUCAGUAUUCCGGACUGCACAAACAGAAUGAACAGAUUUUGGACUCUAUUUUUUUAUUUAUUUGCUUAUCUGUGCUUUUCUCAGUUUUUCCUGGUGUUCACACAUUUACAGCUGAAGGAUAUUUAAACCGUUUUCAGGACUAAAAGAGUUCCUCAGAUUGACCAAUAGUUGCUGCUUUAAUAUACUUUAGUGUACACAUGAUGACGACGAUGAAAAAAGUAUAUAUAAAUAUUAUUAUUAAUGUUUUUGUACAUAGUUGAUAUGUUGUCAUUUGAGAGCUAUUGCCGGUUGUAGAAAUGUUUUUACAUGUUUGUCUCGGAUCUUUAUUUUUUCUAAUCCAAAAAUCAUACUAAUCAUCCAGGACCUCUGACCAGCCAGCAGCCCUGACGCGCACACGAGUAUUGUAGAUGUGUUGGGCUUCAGAUGUCUAAUCUUGAUAUCAAUGGAAAUAACUGCUGUAAAUAAAGCAGUGAGGUGCAUUCAACCAGA